GUGUCAAAUUUUGCUGUCAAAAUUACAUUGUUUUGUUAUGAUUCAUACCUUGAGACAUGUGGCUCAACCAUCUUUUCCCUUGACUUAAAUUUAUUGAAUUAUAGAAAAAUAAGUUAGCAAUUCUCUUUAGAAUUUUGUUGUGGCUUUUAUUUCAAAUCAAGUAAGUUAUAAGUUAGCUUUUGUUUUAGGCCUAGACUCUAGGAAGCCCCUCAAAUUGUUCUUGGUAAAAUGCCACGCCCAUUGCCUGAAGCUUCGGGUAACAUUGGAAAUUUUAUGAGCAAACCUGCUAGGGGAUGGUUACAUCUGGAUCAUACAAUUACAAAGAAAGGCGUAACUUAUGCUGUCCGGUACAUUGGCUGCCUUGAAGUUAAGACUUCAAUGAAAAGUCUUGAUUUUGACACACGGUUUCAAGUAGCCAAGGAAUGUAUAAACAGAGUGUGUGAAGCAGCUGGACUGAAGACUGUUGAUAAGAAGCGAAAGGUGGACAAGCGCGUCGUCCGCAGUAUAGGUGAGCAGCCGCACAUGGAGCAUGCUGGAACCAACGUCAACCUCACCAUCUCCAGCACUAGUCUGUCCCUGCGUACACUGGACGGUGGACAGGUGGUAGCGUCCCAUGAGAUGCCCAGGAUAUCCUUUGCAUCCGGGGGUGACGUGGAUACGCUGGACUUUGUCGCUUACGUAGCCAAGGACCCUCGUGAGUGGAGAGCGUGUUACGUGCUGGAGUGCGGCGGAGGACUGGCACAAGACGUCAUCACUACUAUCGGACAGGCUUUUGAGCUUAGGUUCAAACAGUUCCUCACCCUGCCCAACCUACCACAGUCUACAGUAAGAACAGACGACAGAGAGUACUACAACGAUCUGCCUGGCAAGGUACCACCUGAUGUAGGCCCUCCGCCUGUGCCACCUCUACCUAACGCUACCUCCAUGGCCCCUCAACCUAGAGAGCGGCUCGUAUCGACCAACCUCAUAGAUCUGAACUGUGAUAUCAUCGGUCCUCCCACUCGCACUCACGACUACGUUAACGACAUUGUGAUCAACAAUAGAUCACCCAGAGACGUAUUUGAUAUGCAACCGUUUGUGAGCAACGCAGCAGCAGCGCCGACAGAGUCUGCAGAACAAACGGAACGCAACAGACUGCAAAGUGAAGCAUGGUUCCACGGGUCUAUCAGCAGACAACAGGCAGAACAAUUGCUCAGACAGGAUGGAGAUUUCCUAGUGAGAGAGUCGCAGGGUUCGGCUGGUCAGUAUGUGUUGACAGGCCUACAGGGUGGAGUCAAGAAACACCUCCUACUCAUAGACCCUGAGGGAGUGGUUCGCACAAAGGACCGAAUGUUUGAAAGUGUCAGUCAUCUGAUCAACUACCACUGCCAGAACAAACUUCCGAUCAUCUCUGCGGAGAGUGCACUAGUGCUGCGGAACCCUGUGCCUAGAACUGCGCUGUAAGCUACACUAGGGAAAGUUGAGGGAAAACUUUUAAAACUACCUUUUUGAGUACUGAGCGUUGUAGUUUGAUUUUAAAAUAUGUUCCGAAUUAAAAGCUACUAAAAUUACAAAUGCCGUGUAGCUUGCCUAGUGGCAAGAGUCAGGUUCGAUCCUAGUAUAUCAAUAAUUUGAUGGGGUUAGACCACUUUCCCGUAAACACGUUUAAACUUUCAUACAAAAUGUGCUUUAGUUUCGAUAAAAAAGUUAAAAACAUCUGGAUAUACUUUCACAUGAACGAUUUAAUGUUUAUUAAACUAACCUAUUAUCAACUAGUGAUAUUUUUCCCUUGACUGAGUCAUAACCUUUUGUCUGUCUUUUGUUGUGUAUGAAUUGGCUCAGAAGUCUAGUUCAGAACUGUUUUAAUUUUAUUUUUUUAAUAACAGUUAAAAACUUUAUCUACUGUUAAAUCUGUGUCAUUUGUCAAACAUUAGACCUUUCAUUUAACAAUAUUCCAAAAACAAAUAUUACACCACCAUAUCACUGCUUUACAGAACGGUUGAAAUCUGAUGUUCAAAGUAUUACAAUUUUACUUCUUUUCUCAAUUCUUGAACCUCAUUGUUCCAAACUUGGACUGUAAAGUAACAAAACAAUACUGUAAAGUAAAUAAACAAUACUGUAAACUGAAUCCUUUCAACUCUAAGAACUGAAUUGAAAAAACUAGUUUAAAAAAACGGCCGUAGAUAAAUAUUGUUUAUAUCCUUUAAGUAUUUGCAUGAUGCAGCGUUGUUAAUGAAUUUUUACAUGGAUGUGCUUAUUUUUUCACAAGCAAAACCGACGAAAUAUAUUUUUAAAAUCCAAAAGAUAUUUUUGAAGGGAUAUUUUAUAUCUUUAAUGCGUCUUGAACCAACCUUUUCAUUAGUUACCACUUAUAAUCAAUUAAAACUUAAGUUUAGUUUAUCAAUAUACAAUUAUUUAUAUACUUUUCAUUUUGCAUAUAAGUUGUCCAAUUCUUUGUGGAGUUUAACAGUAAUUUUGCAAUUGAUCUGGGUUGACCAGUAAGUUUUUUUUU